CUUAAUUCAUUACUUGGACAUGUUAUUAACCUGGCCACAAUUGGCUCAACAUAGGUAAACCAGGAGCCGUAUAAUUGCACUUCCUCGAGAUAAAAUCUUGUGCAAGUCAUCCUCCUUAAAUAUACUAAAUCAUCUUGGGAAGUAUAUUUCUCCACUUCUGAAUCCAAAUACAAUAAUCUUGUGCACUUAUAUUCAAGCACAUUCUCAAACCAUCAUAAGGCAUUAUCAACAGUUAAGCCCAUAAAUGGCAACAUAUAUGCAAUCAUCAACACAAACACAGUCCAUAACAAUUAAGGCAAGACAAUAAUAGCAUUUCAGGAUUCAUCAUAUAACACAAAAGUCCAUACACUCCUAAUCAUGUCGUUCUAGUUCACCUAGAUCAAUUCUAAGCAUCAAUAUAAUUAUCACGAUACGACAAACCUGGUAUGUCAUGCUAAUCCCUCACCAUUUAUGGUAGUUCAAACAAUGGUUUUAGCUCUCUGUACUAAAACCUCAAGUUUCGCCAAUGAACCCAGAAUCAAAAUCUGAGACUGUCCUAAUCUCCCUUGCAGUGUCCCCUUCAAAGUUAAUACUCGGUUGUUGGUCGAAUUCUCGAUAAAAACACAUCAAACUCUAGCCGGAGUUAAGUUCAGCGAUUCCGGCUCCAAGCUAGAAAAUUAGUGAAAUUCAUAGGUUAGAACUAGAAAAAUAUUUACCUCACCGCAGGUAGCUAGUUUAAGAAAUUUGGGCUUAAUCCGGCUUCUGAAUUCUUCAAACUUCCCAAUUCCUUUGAGAAAAUAAGAAAUUCUUAUCUGAAACUUUGAUAUAAGCUCGGAGAUUGAAGAACUACAAUUGUGAUAAAGCUUACCUGACGAUUACACAAUUUGUAGGGGUCAGUUGGUUUUGGUGAUAGUUACAUUGAUGCAUUGUCAUCAAUGCAUGCAUAAUAAUAUACAUGUAUAUAAGAAAAUUAGUGUAUUAUAGUUUGCAUCGUUUGAUUUAUGUGAUAGUUAUUGUAGUAUUUAAAUAAGUUAUAUUAUUUUUUGGUGAAAUGCCACUUUUACCCUAUGUCUUUUAUAUAAGAAGGGUUAAUAUUUCGUAUAGCCUGAACUUUGACCAAAAUAAAUAUCCUGACCAAUUUUUUCGAUCUAUAACAUCCUGGCCCGAACUAUACACCAAAAUAUACAAUCUGGCCAGAUCCGAUUUUUGACCGUUAACUUGGACGGUCAAACACAUUGACCGUUAGUCAACGCGCCAUGUCAUUGCCAAGUCAGCAUAAAUUAUUUAAAAUAAUUCAUAAUUUCCACACAUUCCCUAAUUUUAAAUUAUUAUAAAUUAAAAAAUCAUCUAAUACCUUAGUUAAACCAAAAAUAAAAAACGAAAAAAUUAAAUAUUUAUCAGAUCUUCUGACUUGGCAGUGACGUGGCGCGUUGACCGUUAGUCAACGCGAUUGACCGUCCAAUUUAACGGUCAAACAUCGGGUUUGGCCAAAUUGUUUAUUUUGGUGUAUAGUUCGGGCCAGGAUGUUAUAGAUCGAAAAGAUUGUGGCCAGGAUGUUUAUUUUGGUCAAAGUUCAGGCCAUACGAAAAUAUUAACCCAUAUAAGAAAGCAAUACACAUAAAAAAGGUAGGGACAUAGUUGGAAGAAAAAAAGACUCAACAACUCCAACCAAACAUUCUCAACAAUCUCACCAAAAACUUGAGAUUUAACAAUCACUCAUUUUAACUGAUAGUUUGUUUCAUUUCAAACUAACAAUGCAUCUAUUGUUUGUGUAGAAAGUUAAAAAAACACUAUAUUAUAAACAGUGCAUAACUAUUCUAACUAAACAAUAACCAAAACCAAAUCACCCUUAAAUCAAGAGAACUCCAAGAAUCAAGCUCUAUAACCCCCCACCCCUACCCACAAAUCUCCUGUACGUGCGCUUUGUUUCUCUCGGUCGGAAAAUGGAAAAAGUGGUUAAGUUGAAAAUGGGGAAAGGAAAUGGGGGUUAAUUCCUUAAAUAUUGUUUUUUUUUUAAUUUACCACGAAUAUAGUGUUUUGAAAAGUAUUUACAAGAAUAUUGUGUUUUUUUAUAUGUUUAAAGCGCUGAAGCCUUAGACUCAGGCGCUGCCGCUGGAUGCUUUUUUAACAAACAAAACACAGCGGCGCCGCCCCAGACUGGGGCUUUGUCGCUUUUAAGAAGGUAAUAGCGUCGGCGCCCCAGACUGGGGCUUUGUCGCUGCCAUUUUGUUCCACUCCAGCACCGCCCAUCACCAUAUAUACUGCACCUUUCCUUCGGUUCUUCAUCACCAAAAAACUGAAAGAAGUUCUGAAAGAAGCUCUGGUGUUGCUGUCUGGUUGCUGGGAAGAUGGCUAAUAACAGGUAAGAGUCGUAUUUUUUUUCAUGUAUUCAUCAUAAUGAUUUUGUCUAGUUAGUAAUUAGUGAGUUUGUUUUUUAUGUAGUGGUUUUAGAAGGUUUGAACUAGCUGUUCGGUGGCGAUCAGAGAAAGUAGAAGACAAUUUGGGUGUUCAUUUUGUUGGUGGUCUAAGUUUCCAGAUGACUAUUCCAUCCAGGGUGAACUAUCAGAAACUUUGUGAUCAUCUAAUUCGGAGAAUACGGAUUAGAGACGAAACAGUACAAGAUAGUGUUGUGAUUACAGGUUUCACCUACUGUCUUCCAGAAUGGCAGAAUGGUGUUUUAUUUCAUUAUGCAAUGCCUAUUGUCGAUGAUGAUAGCUUAAAUGUGCUUUGGAAUUUUAUGACACAAAAUCCUUAUUGUUUGGGUGCUGAGAUACAUGCUGAGCUCAGUGAGGAUCGGGUGGAGAGGAAGACGAUGAUGACGGUGAUGACACAUGGAGCAUGCCAUCCGAUCAUGAUUAUGAUGAAGGUGAUGACGGUGAUGACGGAGAUGAGGAAGACGAUGAUGAUGAGGAGGAGGACGACGACGACGACGGGGAGGGAGGAGAACAACCUAAUUAUCCUCCAUAUUUUUACUUGCAGGGUAAUGAAGAGGACGAGGAAUUAUCAUAUGCUGAUUCAUAUGGCAUAAUUCCAGGGUCUACUGUUGGUGGUUUUGAUGGAGAAUUCUACAAGGGGCAAAUAUUUCACUCGAAACACUAUGCACUACAACGCAACUUUCAGUAUAACGUGGAGGAGUCGUCACCUUCAAUCUGGAAGAUCAGAUGUUUGAUGCACAAGGAGGACAAAUGUCCUUGGAUGGUGCGGUUUGGAUGUCGAGAUAUGGGAGGCGAUUGGAGCGUGAGAAAGGUCGAGUUGGUGCAUACUUGUAGCAGUACGACUCAACCGACGGAUCAUCACCAUCUUGAUGUCGACGUGAUAUCUGAGGCCGUCAAACACUUGGUACGUGCCCAACCAAAUCUGAGUGUUCUAACUGUUCAGGCCGAGUUGAAAGAUAAGUUUAAUAUGCAAGUUACUUACAAGAAGGCUUGGUAUGGGAAACAAAGAUCAUUGGAGAAGUUGCAUGGAAAUUGGGAAGAAUCCUAUGAUUUUUUGCAAACAUUCUUGCGGGUGGUCAAGAGAAAAAUGCCAACAUCGGUGAUUCAUGUCGACGGUUCCACAACUCAAUUGACUCACUGGCUGCCUGUAUGAACUGCUGUCCACGUGAAGGCCCAUGCUGUCCCUGACGAAGAAAAAUCUAAUCUCAGC